CCCAAUUCCCGCAUUUCAUUAUAUCAUUCACCUGACUCUGCCACGUUCAAACUCGUCACAAUGGCUGACAAGAUCGAGUCGGCUCCGAAAUUGGAACUCCCAGCAUCCCAGCACGUUGUUGAUGUAUCUAUCAUCGACAGCACAACCUUCAUCCGCGUUCCAACCGGCUCCUUCGUCGAGAACCCGCUCCCCGGUCACGAGUCGUUGGAAUGCCCUGCAUUUGUGUUUCUCGUGCAACAUCCUUCAGGAAAGAAGGUUCUCUUCGACUUGGGUCUCCGGAAGGAUACAGAGUCCCUGGCGCCAGUGAUUCAUGAAGGGAUGGCACACGGUGUGAUCGCGACAGUCGAGAAGGACGUGGCCCAGAUCCUCCAAGAGAGCGGCAGAGUGGCGUUGCACGAAAUAGACAGUAUCAUCUGGAGCCACUACCAUGCUGACCAUGCCGGCGAUCCGUCUACUUUCCCGUCCACUGUCGAACUCGUUGUCGGCCCUGGGUUCAAGAGAGCGUUCCUCCCGGGCUAUCCCGCCAACCCGCAGGGAGUGAUCCUCGAGAGCGACUACGUAGGACGUCCCCUUCGUGAAAUCGACUUCACAAACGGACUUCGGAUUGGUGAAUUCCAGGCCUUCGACUUCUUCGGCGACGGGAGCUUCUACUUGCUCGAUGCUCCGGGGCACGCCAUCGGGCACAUCUGCGCCCUCGCACGCACCACCCCGUCGACAUUCAUCCUGAUGGGUGGAGAUGCCUGCCACCACUGCGGCAGUCUGCGACCGAAUCGGCACCUGCCUCUGCCAGCCUACGUCUCACCAGCGCCGUUCUCGGUCCCGCCACACCUGCCGGGCUCGGUCUGUCCACGCGCUGUCCUGGAGGCGAUUCAUCCAGAGCGCAGCCGGACAGCGCCGUACUACAGCCGCUUGUCGCAGGCCCCGGACCGCGAUGUCGCCAAGGCGGAGGCGACCCUCGACAAGAUGGUCGCCUUUGACGCGAGCGAGGACGUGUUUGUCGUGAUUGCGCAUGACAAGAGCCUCCUGGGUGUUGUUGAUUUCUUCCCCCGGAGCGCGAAUGAGUGGAAGGAGAAGGGCUGGAAGGAGGCUGGUAAGUGGAGGUUUUUGGAGGAUUUCGGGGGUGCGGUUGCGAAGAGCCAGGCUAGCACUUGAGUUAUGCGGAGUUGAACUUGGUAUGGGGUGAUGGUGAGCAUCCCGAGGGUGAGGUUCACCCCGAGUUGGAUUACCCAUAAAGCGAAGAAGAGAAGGAUACUAAGGCAAAGAAGAAGGAAGACAGCGAGAGUCUGAAGACAAACAUUAAGACAAAUGCGAGGGAGAAGAAGAAGAGGGAGUGGAAUGGGAAUGAAAAGGGAUUUCAACCACCUGUGAGCUUGACACGUUGGGAUUGGGAAAUGUUGUGGAGUGAGAAGCCGCCAUGAGGAGACAUUUGUACGGUGACUAAAUAACCAUAAGAUCUCCGGUUUUGAGUAGCUAAGGUACCUAUAUUUCCUCGCGUCUUGGUGGAGGAAGAACUUACAAACAGUACGGACAGCCAGCCCCAAUAUCUCAACCUCAACGUCACAACGGCCAAUUUUGGAGGUGGAAAGGGUGUGUAUGGAG